AAGCUCUCCCCUACCAAUCUAUCCCCUGGCAGGAUGAGUUUCUCAGUCACAUUCACUGAGCUGGCCAACAUUGCCAUACCUCAGUGUGGGGUGGUGAACUUCAAGGCCCUGCAUCUCCUGCUCCAGGGCAUCCUGGAACAUAUCGAAAUGGCUGAGCUUAAGAAGGUCCUUUCAGGGGAUGAGGAUUUCCUCCAAACUUCACAUGUGAUAUUCAUGCCCAGGGAGGGAGACGCCCAGCCCAUCCUCAACCCCAUGAAGCGGCUCAGCAAUAUCUUCGACCAUGUGGUAGACCACAUCAACAAAAUAGAGAGUCAAAUGUCCAUGCUGCAGUCUAUGCCCUCCACCACCCAGCUGCUGGAGAGCAGUAAGGGGGCCAGCCGGCCCGCAGAGGACCUGUGGAAUAUGAUCAAGCUCCAGAAGAGGGUAGAGGGCAACGAGGAAGCCACAGCAAAGUCCAUGAAGAUCCUGCAGGAUUUGCUCACUGACCUUCAUGCACUCAAGAUCACCAUCGAAACUCUCCAGAAGGAUGUGGAUGUAAUAAAGUAUAUAUUUGAAAAGGUAAAUCCAGAAAGAGUGGAUCUCGUCUGUGAAGACUUGAAAACACAGAACCGGAAGAUGGGCGCCCUGCAGCGGGAAGUGGUUACUCUCCAGAACAAGAUACACGCAGUCCCCAAACCUGAGGACAUAGUGCUCUGGAGUAGCCUUCAUGAGGCCAUGUUCACUUCAGUACCUGCAAGGCUGGAUCUGGACAUGUCCAAUAUGCUACAGGCCAUGGCACCUCCUCCAGAGGCUACCUUUGCCCAGUUUGAGGAUGCUGGCCAUGCCCAUGUCUCACAGUCUAUCCAUAGCACCAUUCCCUUGCAGACUAUGGUGCAUUUUGAAGCCCCAGGAGUCCUGUCAGAGGAUGAAUCUGUUCAGGCCAUUGAGUUCAUCGGCUCCCAGGGGCUAGAGCAGGCUCAGGCUUCCAUGUCUGAAUUAGGGUUUGGGUCUGCAUUUGGGCCUGGGCAUGUACCAGGGCCUGAUGUGAGACCUUGUUUCAUGCCAGCCCCUUGGCCUACACUUGGACCUGCCCCAGGUGUAAGGCCCCCACCACCAAGAGGCUGUCCUGGGCCAGGAGGCUGGCCUGGAGCCACUUGGCCUACGUGGGAUUUGGGUGCCUUCCAGGCUGUCGUAGGUCCCUUAGGCCCUGAGGGUCAAAUGUACAGGGCCCUUCCCCCAGCCAUGGAAUUUGGAUCAUCAUGGCCUCAUCCAUUGCAGCACCACCCUCCUAAACCGGGGUCCCAACUACUCUCAGUUCUUGAAGAAACAGGGGAUGAAUAUUAUACUGACUCUCAGGAAGGGACCUCCAAGGAUGGGGCUCCCCAUGAUGAAGCUCCCAAGGACAUGACCCACAGAGAUAAGGCCUAUAAAGAUAAGGCCUUAGAAGCCCACUCUAAGGGUUCCCGGCCUGCCCUAAAGAAGCUGAAAGACACUGUUACUAUAGCUGCAGCUGCUGCUGCAGCCUAUGCAGCUGCUGCAAACUCAGCAGCCCAGGCUGCUCUCAAGGCAGUCAAAGAUGCCCCUGCCAGCAAAAUGGCUGCCAUGGCAACAACUACUGCAGCAUCAGGACCCUUAGGGGCCUUUUCAGAUGUCCUGGGUGCAGCGUCUAGCCGUGGAGCCACCAACUUCAUGCCCUUCAGUGAUGAUGGUGAGGAUGUGGAAGAUUUGCCUAUAGACUCUGAAGAGUUCUCUCCGCCAGUCUUUCCUCCCAUUACACCAAAGACAGCCCUGUCUCAAGCCAUGCUGGCUGCCAUGCAGGCUGUGAGUACUGAAGACAAGAAGAAGGCUGUUCAGUACUCCAUGAGCCAUAUAGCCCAGAUACCUGUCAGACAUAACUCUCUGAAAGAAGAACUUACCCAUCUGUCAACCAACCUGCAGCAGCGCUUGACUUACCUAGCUAACAAGGGAAGCGCCGUUAAACUUGGCAAUACAAUGAACGUACUAGAGGAAAAGAUUGGUAACCUCCAGAAAGCCAGGCUACAGGAAGAAGAACUUGAGAGAGUUUGGGGCCACCAGAUAGAGUUGAUGAAGAAUCACUACAUGGUGCUGGACAGGACAGUGGAAAAGCUCCAGAUUCAAAUGGAUAAUUUCAAGACUCUCCAGGCUGAAAUCAAAAGGCUGGAAAUUAACAAGGUGGAUAAAACCAAGAUUGAUCAGGAGCUGAGAGAAAAAGCUGACAAGGGUGCAGUGGCAAGCAAGGCAAACCGGACCGACCUGGAGGCUGUGGCAACAGAGCUAAACGAGAUGGUUCAGAGCAUGUUCUUGAAGAUCACGACCCAUGAGAAUGACUGGAAGAAAUCUCUAAAGCAUAUCAGGAAGGACUUGAACACCAAGCUAGUUCACAGUGAUCUGCUUGGCCUGAAGAAGGAUGUGGAAGAGGUCUGGAAGGCAGUCAGGAAGCUUCAGCUAAAGGGCCUGCGGUUUGAUCCUGACAGCGCAGCGGGCUUUAGGAAGAAACUGUUUGAACGGGUGAAGUGCAUCUCCUGUGAACGGCCCGUGGAGAUGAUGAGCAGUCCACAGCUGAUCACCAUCCGUAAUAUGCAGGUGCUGUCUCAGAUGUGGCCAGCCAGCGCCAACAGCUUUGAGUACCUGCAGCGGCAGCUGAUGAGAGAACAACAGCAGAGGCUGCAUUUCCAGAAUCUUGGAGUCCAGGAAGGAGGCCUGGGCUUCCAGAAGGACUGGGGUGAUGGGCCCCAAAAUGACACCACCUUCAAGCACAAGUCAUAUGAUCUGUUGACAUUCUACCCUUAUGGGGACCCUACACUGAUGGACUAUGACACUGCUAAAGUGGACAUCCUAGGAGUGGAUGGGAUCCUGUACAAAGGCCGAAUGAGCAGGCAGUUUGGAGCUCAGACCGGGGAGAAGGACCAAGCAGCUGUGAAGGUUUCCUGUCCCUCUACUCAAAACCCGAGUGAUCGUGUGUGCCAAGGUUCCUUAUUCAGUGCUGGAUAUCCCUCCUUGGGCCCCUGCACCAGCAUCAGCUCUGCCACCUCUCAACAUUUUGCCACAACGCUGGUUCGGCCACCAUCCUUGCCACAAGUGCCUCAGCUGCCACCACUGAUCCCACUCCCAAGGGACUCCCAGGAAGCGCCAGGACCCACCAGGCACUCGAGAUCUCUGCAGCUUGAAUCCCGAGCCAGCAUGCAGGUUGAAGAGAAGCCCACCAACCCGUGGGCCCCAAACCUGUGACCCUACUACCAUGGGGUCCCCUUCACUCCGCGGAAAAGUCCUAGGGCCCUGGAUCAGAUCCAGGGAAGGGUAUAUGGGCCCUGGAUAUAGGGGAAAGGGUCUGCAUAGGGGACCCAUGUUGACCCAUGUUUAUGUAUCUAAAAUACAAACUACACUAUCCCUCUUAGCCAGCAUUUUCAUGGAGAACACAGCUUUCGAGUGAAGUUUUUCACAGAGCCAAGUGAAUUUCUUGAGCAAUUUCCCAACAGCACAAAGCAGUUUUAAAACAAUACCUUUCAGCCAGGCUGGUGGUGCACGCCUUUAAUCCCAGCACUUGGGAGGCAGAGGCAGGCAGAUCU